AUGCCCUUGCCAGCAUACAUCCCCACACUAUGGGCAUUCUCAACUGGCAACUACAUACAGGUCGACAAUGUAUUCUGCUCCGACGAACUCUUACCAGCAUUCAUCAAAUGCACAGUUGACCAUGCCAUGCAACCACCCCGUACCGACCAUUUCCCCAUCAUAUCUAUCAUUGACAUCACUCCUCCAUGCAACGACUUCGAACCAUGCCGGAACUUCCGAAAAGUGGAAUGGCCAAAGUUCCAUGAAACGUUGGAGACCAGGCUCAAAGAUCUGCCAUCACCAUGUGAAAUCAGAACCAAGCAGCAGAUGUACGAAACCCUCAACAGACUAGACACCAUACAUGUCCCUUGGACCAAGCCAAGUCCAUACGUCAAAUCUCUACGAAAGCGACUGCGCCAGGAGGAAAAGCGCAAACUACACAACACAUAUGCCGAGGCAUGCUGGAUGGAAUGGCUGGAAAAUGCACAGAGCAGAAGCAUAUGGGAUGUAUGCAGUUUCAUAUCCCAACCAAUGUCUGAUGGGGGGAGAUCUAGAGUGCCAGACCUUGUCGUCAAGAGAGAGGGACAACCCAUAAGACGGGUAUGA